AUAGUAACCUCGCCGAAUUGUCAAACAUUGUCAUGGUUAAAAGGGCCGGAGACAGGGAUCGCUCAGCUGUCCUGUACAAAGCCUGGAGCAACACCGUUUUAAAAUUCAGAGAAUCCUCUGGCAUAAAUGUGCAGGAUUCCGCCGUGGAACGUUACCGGGAGGGAAGCGUUGUGACGUCAGCGCACCUACUAAUCCUCCCUGCUGAGGGGGAGCCUGGAGCCAUGAGGUCAUCGCAGCGGCCACUGUAGCUAUCCUGAGAGCAGCAGCCGCCGCCGCCGCCAGCCCAGCAGCUUCGACGGCGGGGGGAGGGGAGCUGGCCUGAGCAAGGCCGUCUGGGAUCCCGCAGCCGCACUCCAGCUGCAGCCGAGCUUGCUGCCGCUGAGUUCCUCAGCAAAAGCAUGGAGGAGGAGGGUGAGGCGAAAGAGCCGCAGGUCGGCUCCUGGCUACCGGUGCUGGUGGAGCAGGUGGUGAACGACACCCUGGUGGUCACCUUGAGCUGCGGGGAGCGGCGCUUCACCGGGAUCCUCCUGGAUUGCACUAAAAAGUCUGGAUUGUUUUGUGUACCGCCGGCUUCAUUACCAAAGACUGAUGACCCUCCUAAACCUUGCGCUAAUGGGACAUCUGAAGACAGAGAACCUAAAAAGCUGGAGACUGAACUGUGGUCUUCAGAUGAAACACUUUCCAAGGCCAAUAGUGAGGAACAUGUUCCUCCCCUCUUGCCUCCACCACCAUCAGGCAGUGUUCCUCCUUACCCUCCCUAUUUUGAGGGAGCCCCUUUCCCCCCUCCCUUAUGGCUAAGGCGCACGUAUAAUCAGUGGGUACCACAGCCACCCCCAAGAACUAUAAAAAGGACAAGGAGACGCUUGUCCCGAAAUAGAGACCCAGGAAGGCUCAUCAUGAGCACCAUUAGGUUGAGACCAAGGCAAGUGCUUUGUGAAAAGUGUAAGAACACCCUAAAUCCAGAGGAGGAUGGUAAAGUAAGGCAAAAUGCUAAAACCAGAAGGAAACUAAGCAUUCAAGAUAAGGAGCAAAAAAGACACAGUGAAUCUGAGUAUGUAGAGAAGAGGAACAAAAGAGAAAAACGAGAAGAUGACAAGUUCUCUGGGGAGUUGCUGCAUCGGACUCCUGUUAUCAAAAUAUCUUACAGCACCCCACAAGGUAAAGGAGAAGUGGUGAAAAUUCCCUCUCGAGUUCAUGGCUCAGGGAAGCCAUUUUGUCCUCAGAGACUACUGCAGAAUGGAGGGGAGGACCAAGAAGAGGAUCGAGACUCAGAGCAGUAUCAGGAACCGAAAUGUUUUAUGGACAAGUCAUCAGGUGGCCAUCUUGCUUCCAUUCCAAAGCUGAAGUUAACUAGGCCUGUGCAUUCCAGCACAGAUGCGCCACCUCCAAAAAUCAGGCUGAAGCCCCAUCGAAUGAAUGAGGGGGAUAAUGUUUCAAUAUAUAAAGCUGAACUUAUUGAUGAGAUGAAUGUCCCUCCCAGCAGGAGAAGGUCUCAUGCUGCUGCUGAUGCUUUUUAUACUGACGAGUCUGCUGAUAGAAGUCUAGCAGAAAUGUCUUCAGGCAGCUCCUGUGAAGAGGAGGACUUCAAAAGGUUUCACCAAGGUAAAGAUGGACAUGAUAACUUGGCUUUUCUCAUGAAUUAUCGUAAAAGGAAAGCAGAUUCUUCUAGCUUAUCAGUAUGUAGCAAUGACAGCCUAGAUGAAUCCAAAUCUUCCAGCUCAGAAGUAACAUCCCCAGAAAUGUGUGACUUUUUACCUGGUGAUGAUGCAUCUGUCUCUUCUUCUUCAAAAGAGGAACGCAAAAUUGUGCCCCCAUUAACCGUUCGACUGCACACGCACAGCGUCUCCAAGUGUGUCACUGAAGAUGGAAGAACUAUAUCAGUGGGAGAUGUCGUUUGGGGUAAAAUUCAUGGCUUCCCAUGGUGGCCGGCCCGUGUUCUUGACAUAAAUCUGAGCCAAAAGGAAAAUGGAGACCCUUCUUGGCAGGAAGCAAAAGUUUCAUGGUUUGGUUCUCCAACAACAUCUUUCCUAUCUCUAUCAAAACUGUCCCCCUUCUCUGAAUAUUUCAAACUACGAUUUAAUCGUAAAAAGAAAGGGAUGUAUCGAAAAGCUAUUACUGAAGCUGCCAAGGCAGUGGAACACCUGACCCCAGAAAUAAGAGAUAUCUUAACACAAUUUGAAACAUAAUUUUGGCUUCAUUAACAGGUAACAGAAGAGCACAGCUGUUCUAGAGUUUCACGAAGUCUGUAAACAUCCUGACACACUCUCCAGGAGAUUCUUAUGGUUUUGCUGCAUAUGUGGCAGGAUGAGCUUUCAGACUGGCCUUGCUGAUCGACUCUAAGAGAUAACAAGCACCCAGGCUGCAUAGGAGACCCUCCAGAGGCUAGUCUGACCAAAAGUCAUAAGGCUAGUUAACAUGAGAGAAUCAGACUGACAAAAAAGAUAUUUAAACAUUUCAAUGGACAUGGGGAACUAAUGAACACCCCACCUGGAAUGUAUUUAUUACGUAAAAUGUUAGCCCCUCUUGAUAAUUCCUCUGCCGUUCCCCUCUCCACUCACACACAUAUUGCUGCUGCUUUUACUUAACAAGGUCUCUCACACUCUUGUUUAAUUUUAAAUGCCGCAAAACUGUUUACUCUGGUUGUAUACAGUCUUGAGAAGGGACUUGCAACAGAAUGGAAUCAGUGUAGUCUUAAGUCAAAUGGACUCACUUCUGUAUCUAUUAAAACUUGGAAAAUGUGCAACGCA